CUUGUGGUGCUAAUACAGUUUGUAAUGAUUUUGUGGUUUCAAAAAACAAGGCUAUUAGUGCAAAAACUGUGACUGUAAAAACUGAUCAGACAGUAAACAAAGCUUGUUAUCUAUAAAAUAUGUAUCAUAACUGGUUUACAUAUAAAACAAACUGUGACAGGACUGCUGUUACUUUUUUGUUAUUGUUUUGCAGGUUUUGUGUAGAGCAACUAAUGGACAACCAGACAUUCACAAACAAUAUACUCCUUGUGGAGGGACUAAAAAUUACACAUCAGUCCUCCUAUCCUGUCUUCCUCCUGCUUCUCUUGGCUUAUAUCUUUACAAUGGGAUGUAACAUUGGACUUGUAAUUGUGAUCUCAACUGAAAAGAAUCUGCAUCAACCUAUGCAUUUUCUGUUCUGUAACUUGCCACUGAACGAUAUACUAGGGACAACUGUUAUUAUGCCACGAUUACUACAGGACAUUUUAAGGGAAACCUCAGAGCGCUACAUGACAUUUGUGGACUGUGUUGUUCAAGCAUAUUUUGUACAUGUAUUUGCAGCAGCAAGCCACAAUGUACUGAUGAUCAUGGCCUUUGACAGAUAUGUGGCUAUAUGUAAUCCACUGCGAUACUCAGCUAUAAUGACCAAUAAAAUGGUGGUUAAACUUUCAGCAUUAGCCUGGGGGGUGUCAGUAAUUACAGUGACAAUUCUAAUAGGACUCACUGUACGCCUGUCUCGCUGCAAAUAUAAAAUUGAAAGCCCUUUCUGUGAUAAUGCCUCACUGUUUAAACUGUCCUGUGAGGACAGUGUGGCUAUUAAUAAUGUGUAUGGAUUAAUUUCUACUGUGGUUGUCUUUAUUAUCUCACUUGGGUCUGUAUUCAUUACAUAUGGAAAAAUUAUUGCAGUAUGCAUAACUAGCAAAAACAAAGCACUCAACAGAAAAGCCAUAAAAACAUGUGCCACACACAUAGCUGUUUAUAUAAUCAUGUUUGUUUCUUGUGCCAUCAUGGUUUUUUUCCAUCGUUCUCCUGAAUACUCUGAAAAUAGGAAACUGGCUAGUGUAAUGUUCCAUAUUGUACCACCAGGGCUAAAUCCUUUAGUAUAUGGUUUACAAACCAAAGAGAUAAGACAAAAGACUUUUAAACUUUGCUGUAGUUAA